GGUUUGUGUCCAGUCUGGGCUCUAUGGAGCAGCCCCCAAAGCAGAUGAGGCCACCCACCAGCAGUGAUUCCUUCUCCAGCAGGCUCCUGGGGCAGAUCCUUCAGCUCAGCUUGGUCAAGUACCCUCUGAAGCUCCUUCAGAAAGCCUCUGUGUGGAUUGGAUUGGUGCUUCCUGUGGAGUCCAUCAGGAACAGGCUCUGCCCUCCAUCCCAGUCCCCCUCCAGGCCUGGGCUCCUGCGCCUGCUGCUCUCCCUGACCCCCACCAGCAUCCAGAACCUUCUGUGCCACCUCCCAACCGACUGGAGCCACAGCAGCAUGUCCAAGGAGAUCCAGGAGGCUCCCAUCAACCCAACCAGCAAAGCCAGCAAGAGGAAGAGGGAUGAUGUGGCUCUGGAGCAGCAGGAGUCCUGGUUUGAGGUGCUGGAGAGGGAUUUGCCAGAGGAUGACCCUGAAGACUUCUCAUAUGAGCCCUCAGAGCUGGAGUCAGACAGUGACGAGUACCAGACCCAAAAUGACACUGACCUGGAGCUGGAGGAGCAGGGUGAGAUCACAGAGCUGGAGCUCCCAGCUGUCCAGGGCUUUGUGUUGCCCCCAGAGGUGGGAGCAGAAGAUCCAGAUGUGGCCAGCGGUGAUGCCCAGGAGCCAGGAGGGGAUGGCAGCAGUGAGCAGGAGACUGACACAACCUGUGACACCAGCUCAUCCCAGGAUGGGGAAAACCAGGAAGCCUGACUUGUGCACCUGGACCUUCUGGGGCUGCAGAGUGCCUGAUUCCCUGGGACAGCUGUGUCCCUGAGGAAAGUGUCCAGUUAAAUGCUGUGUUCAUGUUGUUUGUGUCCUUUUUUCUGAAGCUUGUAAUAA